AGUUUUAAAAGCAUUUUCAUUUUUCUUCCUCGUCGUGUAUUAUUAUUUAAGAGUUGCCGAUUGCAGGCAGAUAGUGAUCAUUUGUUGGUUGAGGUUUAAAUCUCGUCGUUGUUCUAUCUUGCUCGGCGUCGGAAGUCGGUACUCUGUUCCCGAACCCUAAAAUUGGGUUUUAGGGGAAGACUCGAAAACCCUAAUAUCACUCUCAUUCCUCUGCUGAAUACUUCAGCCAUGUAUGGUGGUGAUGAGGUAUCCGCUAUAGUUAUUGACCUUGGUUCUCACACUUGCAAAGCUGGUUAUGCCGGAGAAGAUGCUCCCAAGGCUGUUUUCCCCUCCGUUGUUGGAUGUAUUGAUGAAAUGGAUGUUGAUGACACCACAAGUACUGAAAAGAAUUCUGGAUCUGCUGGAGAAUCUAAAAGUAAUGCUAAAAGUCUCGAUACUGACAAAGGAAAGGGAAAACGCAAACUAUACGUCGGUUCUCAAGCUUUAGGGUUCCGCCGUGAUAAUAUGGAGGUACUUUCACCUAUAAAGGAUGGAGUUGUUGUUGACUGGGAUAUGGUCGAUAGCAUAUGGGAUCAUGCAUUCAGGGAAUGUCUGCUGAUUGAUGCUCAAGAACAUCCCAUGCUACUUGCUGAACCAUCUUCUAAUUCACAACAACAGAGAGAAAGGACGGCUGAGAUUAUGUUCGAGAAGUACAAAGUUCCUGCAUUGUUUUUGGCAAAAAAUGCUGUUCUCACGUCAUUUGCAUCAGGUCGUGCUACAUCACUUGUUGUUGACAGUGGUGGUGGAUCAACAACUGUUGCCCCAGUACAUGAUGGCUAUGUUCUACAAAAGGCUGUUGUAUCUUCUCCUGUUGGUGGAGAAUAUCUCACUGAUUGUUUGUUAAAAAGUUUGGAGAGCAAAGGUAUCAAGAUAAUGCCAAGAUACUCUUUCAAGAGAAAGGAAAUACGACCAGGAGAAUUUCAGAUUGUGGAACUUGAUUUCCCUAAUACAACUGAAAGUUACAAAUUAUACUCACAGAGGGUAAUUGCUAGUGAUAUUAAAGAAUGCGUAUGUCGAGCACCAGAUACUCCUUAUGAUGAAAGUGCAUAUUCAAAUAUCCCAAUGACGCCAUAUGAACUUCCUGAUGGCCAGACAAUUGAAAUUGGGGCUGAUAGAUUCAAGAUUCCCGAUGUUCUGUUUAACCCUUCGUUGGCACAGACUAUUCCUGGGGUGGAAAGUUUCACCGAGACAGGUCGCUCAGUUCAGGGAUUGCCACAUAUGGUAAUCGAGAGUAUAAAUAAGUGUGAUGUGGAUAUUCGCAGAGAACUGUUUAGUAGUAUACUGCUUGCUGGUGGAACAGCUUCAAUGCAACAGCUCAAAGAACGACUUGAGAAAGAUUUGUUAGAGGAGUCUCCUCAAGCUGCUAGGGUUAAAGUAUUGGCGAGUGGAAAUGCAACUGAAAGAAGAUUCAGCGUCUGGAUAGGAGGGAGUAUAUUGGCCUCUCUUGGUUCAUUUCAGCAAAUGUGGUUCUCCAAAUCCGAGUACGAAGAACAUGGGGCUUCCUAUAUUCAAAGAAAAUGCCCGUAGAUGUUAGAUAUCAUCCUUGGAAAUGAUAAAUUACGAAAGGUUCAUUUCCUGCUCCACGGAAGAACAAAGAUUAUCUUGCUAGCUGUUUUGUCAAAGGUUCAAACUAGCAGGUUUCAUUUUAUCCUAAAUUUGUAUGUUUUUUCUUUUCUAUGAUUCCAGCUGUUCCGGACGCUUGAUCCGAAUGUAGGUUUCUUCUCAGGGACAACAGGUCAUUAACUUUUAAUUUCAUUAGGCAACUUCUGUAGAAAUUAUUGUAUAACUCCCCAGUCAGUCACUUGUUUGCAGUGCAGGAUAAAACGCCAUCUAUCCCUUGUUAUACAAUGCUAGUAGAUAGGUUUGAAAUUCACUCCCAUCUUUUACAUAAUUGGCUGUUUUAUUUGUA